AGAUAUGGAGCCCCGAAGUGUGCGGGGCCUAUUUCUGUGUAAUGUUCCCCACACCUACAGGCAAGAUAUAAAAGCUUGAAGUCUCGGGAAUCUUAUUCCAUUUGCUUCUCAGCUUCUUCCCCUUAUCUGAGAGAAAAAUGAGCGGACUCGCUGUAUUAAUCGCUGUUUUGGGGUUCUUCUGCAGCCCAGCUUUUGCCACUUUCCAGGUCUACAGAAUCCCAAACUACAAUGGUGAUUAUAUCCAGCAAACCGUGUCCAUAGAUAAUGAGAAUCAAGUAGCCAACAUCCACGUCUAUGGAGGACUCUGCUCUUCAGAUACCAUUUUUGACUACAAGCAUGGAUACAUUGCCACCCGGCUCUUUUCUCGACGGGCCUGCUUCGUCAUGAAGAUGGAAAAAGGCUACAUUCCAGAGCUGGAGGAAGUUGGGCGGUUGGCUUAUGAGAAGCAGAUGAUGAACCAGAUGAUGUCCCCCAGAAACGUGUGGGCGAAGUAUGAACCCAGUGACUCUUUCUUUGGAGAAAUCAAGGAGUGGCUUCUUUUCGGCAGCUCCAUCGAGAAGCUCUGCAAGAACGUGCCCGUUUACAGAAUUGAAAAAGUUGAGAGUGGAUUCCAUGCCGGCGGAUGUGCCAAGGCUGGCAUCCUCGGCAUUCUGGGCAUCAGCAUCUGCGCAGACCUCAACGUCUAGACCUCCUGAGCUGCCUCCCAGUAUUCCAUGCUCUUCCAAGCUUUCUGCCUCCCUGUGAAUUAUCUCACUUUCCCCAGCUUCUUGGGCUUCCUUCUGCUUCCCUUGAAAGCUGCAGCCCAACCCAAGACCUGUUAAUAAAGAAAAGCAACUUCCUAACCCUCCCCA